ACACCUACGGCUUGGAAGGGGGCGCCUGUGUCAGUUGGGAGCUGCGACAGGGACCUCGGCGGAAGCAGCUUAUUUUGACAAGAGGUUUCAACCAUCUUCCAGCUAGCGCAAUGGAUAUCUUCAACAGGAAUAUUAAUGUUGAUGCCAUCUUCAAAUUCUCCCACAUCUCCACAUCAACCCAGCAGCACCUGAAGAAGGUCUAUGCUAGCUUUGCACUAUGCAUGUUUGUAGCAGCAGCUGGUGCCUACGUCAACCUGGUAACUCAGCUGGUGCAGUUUGGACUGCUGACUAGUCUGGGAUCUCUUGGCCUUAUGAUCUGGCUGAUGGCUACCCCCCACAGCCGGAAAACGGAAGAGAAACGAUUGGGCAUGCUGGCUGGCUUUGCCUUCCUCUCUGGAGUUAACCUAGGGCCUCUGCUGAAGAUGGUCAUUGCCAUCAACCCCAGCAUCAUCCCAACUGCUUUCCUGGGCACUGCUGUGAUCUUCAGUUGCUUCUCCUUGAGUGCCCUAUAUGCUAAGCGCCGUGCCUACCUGUACCUGGGAGGUUUCCUGUUCUCUGGUCUCUUCCUGAUGCUCUUUUUCUCCCUGAUCAAUAUGUUUCUGGGCUCUACCUGGCUCUUCACAGCUAACCUCUACAUUGGACUCAUGGUCAUGUGCGGCUUUGUGCUGUUUGACACUCAGCUCAUCAUUGAGAAGGCCGAGAGAGGUGAUGGGGACUACAUUUGGCACUGUGUGGACCUCUUCCUGGAUUUCAUCAGCAUCUUCCGAGAGCUCAUGACCAUCUUGGGCAUGAAUGAGAGCAACAAGAAGAAGAAAGAAAAGUGAAGGAGCAGUGGAUGCCCAUACGGAGUCUCCUUUUCUUCCCCCACCCCUUGCCUCUUUCUUGCUUCCAUUCAACCUGACCUGUAUUAAAGGUGCCCUCAUUGUUUGGUGUGAAUGAGAUCUAUGACACUUUCAUACUUUGUAGAAACUGGAUUUUUUCCUUGCUUUUUGAGCUUUUUUUUAAAAAAAGAAAAAACUUAACUGGCUGACCCUGGUGCUGGAGUCUGGCUUUGCCUCUCUGCUGUACCAACAUGCAGACACUUCAGGGACUGUCAUUCAUGCCCCUGCUGCUUUAGGUGGCAUUGGAUAGUUUCAGCCCCCCUUUCUUCUUCUCUCCACCUAGUUGCAAU